AUGACAGAAGUGAAAGGAACUCCCAUCAUUAAAGGUUCACGAACAAUGCAAAUAACUGGCUUAUAUAAAGGAAGGGCAAUUAUUAUAAAAGACUCUUACAGUGUUAUAAAUAAGAAGCUUAAACUAUUUCCUGCUAUGUUUAACUUACAAACAGGACCGAAAGAAGUAUUUCCAUACAACUACUACAGCAGUGUUUUGUUAGCAAAUGACAACAGAACUGGUGUCAUUUUUGAAGCAUGUAAGUUUAUCCGGGAUGCGGAUAUGUUCAUGAAAAACAUAGAUUCCAUCAAAGGUUGCAGAAUAGAUGAAAACCACUUCGACUUAGAAAAGUAUAGCACAUUUUAUUGCAAACAAGAUGUAAGAAUUUUAAGAGAAGGUUUUGUUAAGUUCCGCAAUGACAUAUUGAAAGAAUUUGAUUUAAACGUUUAUGACUACGUUAGUAUUUGUUCAAUUGCUAACAAAUUAUUUGAGAACAGAGUGUACUUCCCGAAUGGAAAUUUAUAUGACCUCUCAAAUAAACCAAGAGAGUUUAUUUCGAGAUGCAUUCAAGGUGGAAGAUGUAUGUUGUCAGAUAACAUUAAACAAAAGAGUAAAGAGAAACUCAUUGCUGAUUUCGACGCUGUUUCAUUAUAUCCAACAGCUAUAGCAAGACUUUAUACUUUAGAAGGUAUUCCAAAGGUUAUGAAGAAAGAAAUGUUAAGCACAGAGUAUCUCAUAAGACAUUUAUUCGAUGACGACCAAAAGGAACCCAUUGGUGAAAAGUUUAUGUCUGGCUUCUUUGUUCUCAUUAAGAUAAAAGAGAUUGGCAUACAUAGACACUUUCCUUUAAUAGUUUGUGACCCUGAACUAAAUCCAGAACUUAACGUUCCCAGAAGUUCAAACACUUGCUGUUUAAUGUAUGUUGACCAUAUAACAUUACAAGACCUCAUAAAAUAUCAAGGUGUCAAAUGUGAAGUGUUGCAAGGAUACUAUUACGAUGGAAACAGAGAUAUUAGAAUAAGA